AUGUCUCGGAGGAAACAGCGCAACCCUCAGCAGCUCAUCUCUCCCUGCCAAGGGUUCCCGGCCUCUGAGAACGGAGACCCUGGGGAUGACUCCAGCCCCUUCUCCUGCCCUUCCUGCCACACCACCUUCAAGGAACACUCCGAGUUAUCCGCUCACACCAGUACUUGCUUCUCAGAGCGAGCCCCCAGUUCGGCCGGUCCUGCGACUACUCCCGCCGCUGGCCAGGAGCACUCUAGCGUCUGCUCCUCAUCCUCCUCUUCCAUUGAGGUCCACCCCGAAAGUUCUCCAAGCAUGGACGUGGAGCCUGGACCUUUGUUGACUGAGCCAAGCCAAGAAUCUGCCUCUUCCCGGCCCCCUCCUCCACCACCCCCAACCCUGCCUCCCUCCACCACUCUCCCAACUGGGCACCUCAACAUCCCUCUCAUCCUGGAAGAGUUGCGUGUUCUGCAACAACGCCAGCUCCAUCAGAUGCAGAUGACGGAGCAGAUCUGCCGCCAGGUGUUGCUCUUGAGUUCAUGGGGGCAGGUUGGGACUCCGGCCCCCACCACGGAACCAGCUCCGGUGGCGUCUGUCCCCCCCAAGCCUCCCUUGCCCGUCUUUUCCAUCAAGACUGAGCCCGGGAGGAGCCAAGUGUCUGCCUCUCCAGAUGUGCCCAAGCCGGCAUUCUUCCAUCUCUACCACCCGUUCCCUGGUGGCACCAGGGUACCUAAGGCUGAGCAGCUCCUGGCUCCAGCCUUCCCUACAGCCACAGGCGUCUUGGCAGCCCAGUGCUUAGGGACUGCCCGGAGUCUGGAGCAGGCCACAUCUCCUGGACUCUUGCGACAGAAGAACGGAGCAGGAGGAGGAGGAGGAGGAGGAGGAGGAGAACUCAACUUGGAAGGCGAGAAACCAAGCGGGCGCCACAAAUGCCGUUUCUGUGGGAAGAUCUUCGGCAGCGACAGCGCCCUCCAGAUCCACCUGCGCUCCCACACCGGCGAGCGUCCCUACAAGUGUAACAUCUGUGGGAACCGUUUCACCACCCGAGGCAACCUCAAGGUCCAUUUCCAUCGCCACCGAGAGAAGUACCCCCAUGUCCAGAUGAACCCUCACCCGGUCCCAGAGCAUCUGGACUAUGUCCUGACCACUUCGGGGCUUCCUUACGGCAUGUCUGUGCCGCCUGAGAAAGCGGAGUCCGGAGAGGAACAUGGGGCCCUUCCUGUGGCUGAGCGCAAGGCCCUGAGCGCCACUGAGAGUUUGACCCUGCUUUCUGGCACGGCCCCUUCGGCUGCAGCUCAAGCCUUGCCUAGUUUCAACAAGCUGGUCCUGAUGAAGGCAGUGGAAGCCAAGGGGAAGGGGGAUGAGAACACCCCUCCUGAAUCAGAGGCAGAGGGGGGCCGUCUUCAGCUUGGGAAGCUUGUGGGGGCCUUGCCCAGCUGGGCUCUGUUGGCCAAUCACUUCAAGGCAGGGCCGGCUGUGGGGCCCUUCCCCUACGUCCUGGAGGCCUCUCCCUCGGAGACCUCCAAGCUCCAGCAGCUGGUGGAGAAGAUCGACCGUCAGGGAUCCCCAUCCUCCUCGGGAGCGGCCCUCAUGGCCCCAUCCAUAGCCGGCUCCUCGGCAUCAUCUUCUCUGGCGUCUUCGGGGCCUAAUCAAUGUGUCAUCUGCCUAAGGGUCCUCAGCUGUCCCCGAGCUCUGCAACUCCACUAUGGGCAACAUGGGGGCGAACGCCCCUUCAAGUGCAAGGUCUGCGGGCGAGCCUUCUCCACCAGGGGCAACUUGAGGGCUCACUUUGUGGGCCACAAAACCAGCCCAUCCGCCCGAGCGCAGAACUCUUGUCCCAUCUGCCAGAAGAAGUUCACCAAUGCCGUGAGCCUCCAACAGCACGUCCGAAUGCACCUGGGUGGGCAGAUCCCCAACGGAGCUCUCCUGUCUGAGCCUUCUGCCCCAGAGGGGGUUUCAUUGGGAGAAGGGGAAAAGCCACGAGAGCAGCCAUCUGCCCCCCAGGAGGAAGAGCUGUCGGAAGAGGAGGAGGAAGAAGAGGAGCCCACCGACGAAGACUCGGUGGAAAGCAUUGGCGAAAAGGCAGAGCAGGUCUCCAGCCCCGAAGGUCUGGGUCCUCCCAAGGAAGGGGAGGAAAUGGGGCAGCCUGAGGGGGAAGAGGGAGGACCCGGAGCACCCUCUUCCUCCCCACUGGGGCCCCAAAGCCCUCCCUUCCCCUUGAAGGAUGGGGAAGAGAAGGUGGAUAUGGAAGAAGAGGGUGGAGGAACUGUCCCGGUGGAAGAAGAACCAGAGAAGGAUAGGGGAGAAGGUGGAGAAGGUCCAUCUGACAAACAGCAGCAUCAGGGCAGCCAAGCCAAAGAGGAACCAGUGCUGAUCUGUGGGAUUUGCAAACAGCCCUUCACCGAUAGGGCAGCCUUGCGCAAACAUGCGAUGACUGCCCAUCCCCAGGUUCAUCUGGGAAGCCACGUUUGGAGCAAUAACCAGAUGCGGCGGGCACGCCGCCUGCCUUUGGAAGGGCCCCUGCCAGUGCUCUCUGGAGGCCAAGUCAAGCUGCAGGACUUCCUGGGACGGGACAUCCCAGCCCAACUGUGGCCCCUGCAGAGGCCAAGGAGAAGCCUCCAGUGA